AUGGGUGGAGACAAUCAGGUUGGGGCAUCUGCCUGUAGCCCUCAGGGAGAGGACCUUACAGUACGCUUUUCAAAACAGUCAGCUCCCCAGUCCCAGCACAAGAUGAGGGAGGAUGCCUAUUGUGAGGUACAUCAGGAACCAUGCUGGCUGUUCUGUGAUGAAGACCAAAUUAUGCUUUGCAACAAGUGCUUCCAGUCCCAGGGGCACUGCUCUCACCUCAUCUGUGGAAUACAAGAGGCGGCUGAAAAGUCCAGGAAGUUAUUCCAGGAAAUGCUGUCAGUGCUGAGGGAGAAGCUUGGAGUAGCUAGAAGCAUCCUGGCUGAUGAGCAAGAAAGAAUGAAGAUGAUUCAGGAAGAGGAGCAGAAUCUUAAAGAGAUAAUUGAGUGUGAAUAUGGGCUGAGGUUCCGGCUGUUGGCUGAAGAGAAAGAGCUGAGCUUGCUGAGACUGCAAGGAUGCAGAUUUGACUUGAACUUGAGAAAAGAUAAGCAGAAUCAACAGACUGGAUUUUCCACUGAGCUGGAGAAGUCACAGGAAACAUUACAACUACUCCAGAGGCUAGGAACUGAGAGAAUGACUAAACUGAAGGAGAGCGAGGCUCAAGUCUCCAAGCAGCUCUGCGGCCUCCAGAGGAUCAUCAUCAGUGAGCUGGAGAAGCAGUGCGAGAAACCUGCUUCAUCACUGCUCCAGAAUGCAAGAUAUAAUUUACAAAGGAGUGAGUCACUAUUGCUUCAGUCUCUAAAUUCUGCCCAUAUCACAGACCUGAGUUCCUGCCAGAUAAAAGGAAUGAGCAAAAUGCUAGCAGUGUUCCAAAGACAUUUAAUGUUGGAUCCUGAAACAGCUCACCCCUGCCUGGUCUUAUCUAAGAACCUGAAAAGUGUGAGAUUCCGAAAUACUCGGCAGGAUGUGCCUGGAAAUUCAUGGAGAUACGACUUCAGUGCCACUGUGUGUGGUGCAGAGAGCUUUCCCUCAGGGAGGCACUACUGGGAAGUGGACGUGGGAAUGGCUAUCAGGUGGCAGCUGGGCAUAUGCAGUGCCACAGACAGAACGGUCAACAAGAUGGAAGCCUCUGGAAUUAAAGUCUUACUCAUGGGCUCCAUGAUUGGAACCGAGUACACCUUGUGGGUCUUUCCUCCUUUAAAAAAGAUCGACUUGGGGAAGUGAAUGCACUGAGUUGGAGUAUUUCUAGACUACAAGUAUGGGGAGCUGGCGUUCUACAAUGUGACAGAGAGUUCCCUCAUUUAUCAUUUCUCAAACCUCUCCUUCCAAGGAAAUAUUAAGCCUAUAUUUGCACUUUGUAUUUCAAAUGGAGAGGUGAGUUCAGAUUCUCUCACUGUCUGCCCUUGAAAUGUUACGAUUGACUCUUCAUCUGUGAAAUAUAAGAUCACAGGAGAUCAGAAAGUCAAGAACAAAUCUCUGAAAUAAUUUACAUAAAGCCUUCCAAUGUGAUGCUCCAAAUCCUUUGCAUUGAUGUGAUUCCCUAAACCAGUUUAAUGGAAGAGAUAUAAUAACAAUGCUAUGAACUAAUUAGAACAACAAAUGCAUGUGUAUCACAAAAGUGAGAAGAAAUAACAAGGGUCUGAAGUCCUUAGAACUAGCAUUGGGAGGGACUGUAGACAUAUUUCUGGAGAUACCUACAAGAUUAAGUAUAUUCAGGAAUAAAAUAACUAAAAAAAAACAAGAUGCUAUGAGUGUAUCUUCUAGUGCUGUAUUGAAUGAAGAUGGUCACAUUACUCACUGAAAUAGCUUAUUGCUAACAGUGAGUUUCAAGGCUUCUUAGCACUUACCCUUACAUGUGGAGAAGAGUUAUUUAAUCACCCAGGAUAUUUAAUCUGGAUAGCAAGGAGGUAUUACAGAAAAUGUGAGUGUUUUAAAUUUAUUUUUUUCAAAUAUUUUCUAUUUCUCUUUCUGAUAAGAAAAACAAAAAAUAAAUUUGUUAAAAGAA